UAAGUAAAUGAAUUAUCGCACCGUUUUAUUUUUUUAAUCUUAUUCUUUGGUCUCCUCAGGCGAUUACAGCUUUGUUCACAUUCAUAUUUUCUUUGCUACAGCUGUCACUCCAUUUUUUCUGCUUUUUAACUUGCAUGGUAAUUUACACACAGUCCCUACCCCACUGAUGCAAGUCACUUCCUCUCUCUCUCUUUCGCUCUCUCUCUGUCUCCGCCUUGCUCUCUUUCUCCACCCAGCUGUAGAUCAGGAUGCAUGAAUUCAGGGGAAGGAUAGUGGCAGAAAUAAGAGAGAGGGAGAGGGGGUGAGAGAAAGAGAGGGAGGAGAGAGAGGGAGAGGGAGAGGAGGUAAAAAGGCAAGACAUAGUAGCAAGUGUGUUGGAGGGCAGCAUACUGUAGCAUACUGUUGUUGUGAUGUGAUUAUGGGGAGAGCAUGGGAGCAGCAGGACCUAAACAAGAGGAGAGGGGGGGAUACAGUGAGGACACGGCUCGGUUUAAUGCCUGAUCAAUAAGAAGGCAUUUUAGUUCACAAUCUGAGCAUUAGAAAGGAGAGCUCAUUAAGCAGCAUUGCUUUGCAGGACGGGCUGCCUGCAGACUCCACGGAGUUUGGAUUGAAUACCAACAAGGGCUUUUACAGUAUGAAGACAAAGUCGCUCCGAAUCUCCAGGACCCGGGAGGACAUGGACACAGAGAGCGGAAAACUAUAGCUUCUGACAUUUGGACUGACAAAUACAUGACAGCCCGAAUCAAACCAACACUGAGAGGGAUGUAAUGAUGUGGAAACCCUGGCGCUCUCUUGAAUUAUCCAACCUCUGAAUCAGUCCAACAAGGGAUGGGGAGACGAGCGGCUGACCUGACGACUCCGGUUCCAGUUUUAGGUGUCCCUGCUCUGGUCGGAGUGCGCGGUUUGAAGACAACAGGAGGAGACAGAACUGGAGGGGCCCUGCUGCAGACGUGGGGACUUCAUUGCAGUGUUGGUGUUCAAACGUCCCCAGGUAUAGGCAGACCACCUACCCAGCACAGUGUACAGCUAACCGAUACACUCUUCACGCCAUCAGAUAGAAUUACUCAAACAUCCAAGAGUUUUAUCACCAAGGAAACAGAGUACAAGGAGAUAUUACUGAUAACAAAGAGUGACAAGGAGAAAAGGGCUAUUUUAAAACUGAAAAGAGGGGAAUCCAAGACCAAAAAGGAAGUGACUUUCAAAGCACUUGGAGGUGAGGCCUCUAAGGAUGUGGCCUGCAGUCAGAGGAGCAGUAGUGGGACCUAUUGCUACGCCAGGGCAAUCAAGACUAACCCGCACUUUGCAGGGAAUGCAACCAAUGUCAGGCCUAAUCUGAAAUCUACUGCCCGCUAUGUCAAUGGCAGCAUAGUAGAUUCGGAGGCGAUCGGCGGAAUCAGCGUCGAUGGUGAAGAAGCAGAGCCAAUGAAGAGUGCAACCUCUCGCGGGAGAGACCCAACCAGAACCCAAGGUCAUUAUGCAGCACAGUCUGGGAAGACGCCACAGUUACCUGCUGCCCAAACUUUUGGUAAGCCACAAAAAAUAUGCAGCCUCUGCGGCGGGAGACAGUCUCAAAUCACAGGAGCUGCCAAUUUGGGAGAGAAAAGCCCUGCUGCUGAUGCCUGCCCAUUAAAGUCAGCCCUCACAGCGCUCUCAACUACCACGCAGACACCCAAUAUUGAGAGAAACGGAGACCUCAAGCCAACCCAGCAUCGAAUCCCUGACAGCAGCACAGACAGGGACAACAGGACACACUUCACAGCCAAUCCGCAAAUGUUAUUUCUUAACAAAGAGCUGAGGUAUAGAAAUACACAACAUCCGGCGUGCCCAGUGCACUCCAGAGAAAAUAUGCUCACUUUGUCACAUACACAAGCGGCUGCUGGUGCAACAUCCACCCAACCCACAACCAUCCUACAAAAAACCAUCACCAUCACAAAAGCAACUAUAGAAAUGAGACAAGAUGAUGCCAGUUUAAAAUCCCUCGCAAAACAAACAAAGGACGGCAAGAUCCCCCGACCGACGAGUCUCACGUUGACUCCACAGAUGGCUACAGCUACCAAACCAAACAAUCCCCAUUCACACACUUAUCCUAAGCUCCUCAAAGUAUCGCAACAAAACUCUAUACAAUACAAUGUGCCUCAAAAUGUAUGUGUAUCUGUGCACGCUACACCUGAAAAGACUCUGACGCCACCUUCUCAUUCGUACACCACAGCCGCAGGACCUGGAAAUACAUCCAACACUAACACACACAAAACAACCACGACCUUUAAUACUGCACUCAUGUCCACAAAAAUCGUACCAGAUAAAGUUGCUAACACUGAAGAUGAAAUUACACUGCAGCACUCAAUGCAUAUGACACAAGUAAACGUAGCAACAAAUACAACCGAUAGCCCACAAAUGUCUCCGGAAGGUCCCACCUUACCAAGGGUACAACACACACCUGCAAGUCUAUCUAAAUGGCGAAAAAAUCCAUCAUCAAAGGUUGACCAACCUACAUCGCCCAAGUUUGCUAAUACCCCACACACAGCUACAAUUGUUGCUCCACAGUGCACUUUGAAUGGCAACACCGCUUCAGAUCAAACUACGCAUACAAGCGCUAAUCAUAGAGCUAGGUCAGUGGGUAGAAAAAUUCUCCAAUGUCAGCCAAACUCCUCAAAUUCGGAGCCUACAAUUUAUGAAUCUACUACAGCAUCAGUAAAAACUGCAUCUAGCGCAACUAAACCCCCACACUCAACGCCUAGGUUGCCUUCGAGUGCAUCUGCCUGUUCCACAUCUACAUGUAACGGCGCUCUAUGUAAAAGUACUGCCCUCAGGUACUCCUCGGUCAGUCUGAAAAAUUUACCGUCGGCAGUAAGCUCCUUGUCAUCGUCAGAAAACCAAAGUAGUGUCUGUGCGUCAAGGGCAACUUUGCUUCAAGCAACAGACACAAAACAAGUGGAGCUCAGUCGUAAUGAAGCACCAAGCGCAAAUAAACCCGGUCACACAACUCGAGUCAAUAAUCAGUCUGGUGUCCGCAGUGUUUUCAAUCAGCAACACAACUCUGAAACAACUCCUCUCACAUUAUCUAGGCUGCUAAAUGUGUCAGAAAACCAGAACAGAGCCAGUGAUGCGAGCACCCACAAUCCUGAAUCGAAAACAAAUCUGAAUACCGAAUCAUCCACCGACAAAAACAGAUUCAGUGGUUAUCUAAGCAAUGAAUCUCUUAUGCAUGAGCCAAAACAUGAAAAUUCAGGUCUAUCACAGGUCACUAACCUUCAGAAUUACAUCUCCUUAAUUAAAUCAAGCAGCUCCUGUCUGCAGGGCUGCAGAAACACAGAACAACAGAGCAUUGCACAUUAUCAAGGAGACGCAAACACAGGACAUGAGGGACACUGCGCUGUGAAGACAGCCCAGGAGACGGAAUCAAACACAGAACAGUUUGCCUUGGGAAUAUUAGACGGGUGUGUAAAUAUUAAGCUUAAAUCCAAUACCGAUAAACGGACACCUUCCAGUUACUCAACACUGUCAGUCGCAGCCCCACACUUCAUUAGCUCAUCACCAGCAAACACUAGAGGACGUUUUGAUCCCAACCACUCAUCUGCUCUCCACCAAAACUCUGAAUCAGAUGUAUCAUCACACCUGAAAGUACAUAGACGUCGAGAGCUUUCUUACACCACACCAGCCCCAUUCAACAGUGAGGGAGAGCUUCGUACACACACAGGCCCCGAAUGUAAUUCCAUGUUGCCGUCAUCGGCGAUGCACUUGGUAUACCAUCCGCACCUCCAGUCCUGUGAGGCGGAGGCACUCGCCAGGGCGGAUUCAAAGUUGAGCCCUGCUCCCCCGAAGCCUUGCCCAGCGGACUCCAGCCUGGCUCACUCCCACCCGGUGGAUGCGGCCAUGUUGCUGCCCCCCUCCCAACGGUGCUGCAAAUCGGCGGCCCUGCAGCAGAAGCUGGAGACCGUGGAGGCCAGCCUGGCAGCCAACAAGGACAGGAUCACUACUCUGCUUAAAAUUAUCCAUGACCUCGAGACAUGCCACACUCCCAUCAUUGGUCGGCGAUGCUUCACAACUGGACAGGACCUCAAGAGCUGCUCAACCUGCCAGAAGACUGCAUGUAUCAUCUACAGUGUGGAGUACGACUUCAGACAGCAGGAAAGAAGCUUCACGGAGGUGCUGAAUCAUUCGGCGAGGGGAAAUAAUGCUUCCUCCGUGCACCUGCCCCAGCCUUUGAACUUUGGCCUGCUCAGAAAAGUCUUGACAAAGUCAAAGGUGAAAAGCAAAAAGCUGUGCAAGACCCUGUUCAAAUGGCUGCCCAGGAAAAUCCAGCAGGUAUAGACCUCUCGACAACACCUGUGCGCUGUGUGACAGCCAUUAGCCCGUGUGACGGCCAUUAGCCGGUGUCACGAGUGACCAGCAGAAGCCUUUGCAGAGGACUCUUGUGGCUCCCUUCCUCCCCCCUACUGAAUGAGAUUACUGUGAAUGAAGCUCUCGCCCGGUGGAGUUCCACUCUCCUGCACACUGUCAAAGCUCAUAAGCUGGAUUUUAUACUGGAACUCGCCCCUGCUCUUUGUGACCUUCACCCUUAAGGAUUUCUAUACAUCACUUUUGAAGGUAAAUUUGUUGUCAACAUGCCUGCUUGAAAAUGAAUGGCCAACCACAGCCGCCGAUUUCUUCAUCCAAUUUCCCCAUCUCUUCUCUUCGGACUGUUAUGAUUAAUGCACUAGGAGUUUCCCCUCAGGAGGACAUUUCCCCUCCAACUGUCCCCUCACCUGCUUCUCCGGAGAAUAAAUGUGCACCAUAAAUUAUUGAAAUCAUUUUUGGAAAUGCAAAAGUGCAUCUGUAUUUACUGACAGUCGAUUUGUCUGUGAAUCUGUUUGUUUGUCCAGAACUUUGUUUAAAUUGUUAAUGUUAACAUGAACUCGGUCCAUUUCUGAAUGAAAUAAACACAAUUUUCAGCAAAGACAACAAAAAAAUCAAGUGGAUCAGAUCAAGUGGAUUCAAAUCAAGGGACUCUAAUCAUCUACUCAUUGCAUCUUGCACAUUUUUCACAACUGGCCACGAGGGUGCAGAAAGUCGGGAAACAUUCAUUAUGGUUCAGCCAAUUGUGCCGACGGUCUCCAAAUCCCAGAACAAUAUGAACUUCACAAAGGGUCUCAGAGUAAAACAAUGACGUGACGAAAGGCUGCAAUGAAGCAUGAGUCACAAUCACGGUGCUCAUGUGCACAAGCACAAACACCCACUCAUGGACUCAUGCGCGCGCGCGCACACACGCGCACACGCACACACACACACACACACAAAAAGCAAUGGAUGGUUUGCUGAAGCUUUCAUAAAUAAUCUACGUAAAGGGAGCCUCAGAGAACUUAAAAUACAGUACGGGUAACGAAAGCAAGUAGAAGAUUUAAGUCAAGCACAGAGCCUUUGAGGAGACUUUAAUUCUGAACUCCUUUAAUUAAAAACACCUCUUAGAAGAAAUAAUACAGAGUGAAAAUGAAAUUCUUUCAACAAUGGCACUGGAGGGAAAUAACUGUAACAGCCCGGAUGCCUCAUGAGGGUCACACAGUUCUGCUACUUCGUACAUUUAGACACUUUUUUGUUCAGUGUUCAGUUAAUGGCCAUAUUUACAAAUAAUUUCAGCUGCAGAGCUUCGAUCUAUCAACCUAUACCAUUGUAUGUGAUACAUACUCUAGUAUGUAUAUGUAAAAUAUAAUUUUUUGAUCGUCUAAACACUAAAACAAGGAGCAAACACUGUAGGGAAAAAACUGCCAUGCCUAAGCACACAGGUCUUACCUGGUAAUAAAGACAUAUAUCUCAUGUUACACACAGGCAAAGUCAACUGAUUUCAAACAUUAAGCUUUUAACAAUUUCCUAAGUGACAAUAGAGAAGCAUAGAGAUUUUUGUGGCACUAGAGGGAGCCGAGGGAAAUCUGAUAAAUAGCUGAGCUGAGCGGAGGACAACGACAUUGAAAAGGGGGGGGGGACAGGGAGUUAAAAAGAAGUGAGCAAACCAGACUUCGGCAGCUCAUCAGCCAAUUCUAGCAUAACUCACUGGCAGUUGAGUUGCACUAUGGGUAAUACAUACUGAAGCGCAGAAGAAUUAAAAAAAUUCUGGUUCUGCUGCACUGAUUCAGGUUCUCUUAUUUUUGGAAAUUGAACACAAUGAGUCUUGUUAGAAUGUAAGUUUGCCUUGUUAAUUGAGCAAGUGCAGGACUCUUUCAAUAUAAAGGGAGAAUUUGUGUUUAAGGAGUCAGUCAAAUGUUUUUUUCUUUAACGGAAGCUAUAGAAGUGACACAUGCCAAACCUGAGUCAAUAUCAUCGAGGUGAAAUGUUGAAUGAUUACUUUAUAUAAACCCUGUAUUCAUUUCUGUCAUGAAACAUAAAAAAAACCAGGACAAAGAAUAACAGAGGAAAGACACUGCAGUUCAAACUUGCGGCCACGCUUGUUUAUUCAGAGGACUAAAUUCUUUACGUUGAGGUUCUGGUAAAAUUCUGCUGGUUACUAGACCUUGAUGAUUUUCAGAAGUGGUGCUGCUGAACAAUAUUGCGGCAACAGCAUCCGAAUGAGUGCCGCAGCCAAAUAAAA